CGUCAACGCCAUCGCUGUACGCCUGUACCGUGUACACUCGUAUAGUCACACUUUAGCCACAGCUCGCUUCCAGACCGGUCGUCUUUUAAACUUAUCCAAUCAGGAUUUAUUCCUUCGACGAAAUACAAAUUCUCGUAUUAUAUUUUAACAUAGACACGAUCAUCAUGUCGACGGCUGCUUGUGACAAGACUAAGAAGAGCGUAGACAAUAAUAUCAUGGUCCAUGUGGAAAGCCCGAAUGUUCAAUACAGCGAACAGUACAUCGAGUCCACCAUCGAGUAUCCAAUCAACUAUGCUAUAAGCGAAAAGGAUACGAUAGUGAUUAAGCCUACCAUAACUAAACUCAAGAUUCGAACAAAAAGAGUGGUGCCAAAAACUGGAUUAAUGUUGGUUGGUUUAGGUGGCAACAAUGGUUCUACCUUGGUGGCGGGUAUUAUUGCGAAUAAAUAUGGCUAUACAUGGGAAACAAAGUCAGGUGUUAAGUCUCCAAAUUGGUUUGGUUCAAUAACACAAUCAUCAACUGUACGUGUUGGUAUGGAUUCAACUGGCAAAGAUGUUUAUGUACCGUUAAAAAACUUAGUACCUAUGAUAAAUCCCAAUGACAUAGAGAUUGAUGGUUGGGACAUUUCAGGCAUGGACCUAGGUCAAGCUAUGAAAAGAGCAGAAGUAUUAGAUAUUGAUUUGCAAAAAAAACUAAUGAAAAAAAUGUCUGAAAUCAUUCCAAGACCAUCAAUUUUUAACCCUGAUUUUAUAGCAGCUAAUCAAUCAACUCGUGCAGAUAAUGUAAUAAAAAUGGAAAAAAAGUCAGAAGCAUUAGAUCAAAUAAGGACAGAUAUUAGAGAUUUUAAGAAAUGUAAAGAACUGGACCAAGUGAUUGUGUUAUGGACUGCCAAUACUGAACGUUUUAGUGAAGAGAUUGAAGGACUUAAUGACACAUCAGACAAUCUUUUAAGGUCAAUCUGCAAGAAUGAAUCAGAAAUAUCACCAUCUACUUUAUUUGCUGUUGCUUCCAUUUUAGAAGGAUGUACUUAUAUAAACGGAUCACCAUCAAACACUUUUGUUAAAGGUGUAGUAGAAUUAGCUGAAAAAUGGUGUGUACAUAUUGCUGGGGAUGAUUUCAAAUCAGGGCAAACUAAAUUGAAGUCCGUAUUAGUAGACUUUUUAGUGACUGCCGGCAUAAAACCAGUGUCCAUUGUAAGUUAUAAUCAUUUGGGAAACAACGAUGGUUAUAAUUUGUCAGCACCACAACAAUUCCGUUCAAAAGAGAUCUCUAAAAGCAAUGUAGUGGAUGACAUGGUUAAAUCAAAUAACAUUAUUUUCAAACCAAAUGAGAAACCCGAUCACUGUGUAGUUAUUAAGUAUGUGCCAUAUGUCAAAGAUUCCAAAAGGGCAUUGGAUGAAUACACAUCAGAAAUAUUCAUGAAUGGAAUAAAUACAUUAGCCAUACAUAAUACAUGUGAAGAUUCGUUAUUGGCAGCUCCUCUUAUACUGGAUUUAUUUAUAUUAGCAGAUGUCUUUAACAGAAUUGAAAUUGGAUCAGAUAAAUCAGAUUACACACCUUUACAUCCAAUAUUUACUGCUCUGUCAUACUUGCUUAAAGCUCCUGUUGUACCAAAAGGAGCUCCAAUAGUAAAUUCUCUCUUUCGUCAGAGAGCAUGUAUUGAAAACAUACUCAGGGCAUGUUUGGGAUUACCUGCUGAGAAUAACAUGUCAUUAGAACACAUGUUACCAGCAAAGGUGUUUGUAGAUUUUGAAAAAGAUCAGAAAAAACAGAAUUGUAAAACAUGUCAAAAUUAGAUGAUUAUUGCAAAUUAUCAAAACAUAAAUUAUUUUAUACAAUAAAAUUUUAAUUUAAAGAAUUAAGAAAA